AUGGAUAAACAACAACUAAGAAGAAUUAAAGUGAUCUCACAACACUUGAGAGAGGAAGACGGUGUUGUCGCAUCGAAUACCACUGCUGCCAAAUCGUUGUCAGAGUUGGUCGUUCGUGCACAAACACAAAGAAACCAAAAGAAUACAAGAACUCUUAAGGGUCUCGACGAAUUAAAGACCUACGUUAGCAAGGAUCUCGGUGUCACACAAUACCUCAAGAUCACUCAAGAUCGUAUCAACGACUUUGCAGAGGCAACCGGUGAUUUCCAAUGGAUUCACGUUGAUCCAAAGCGAGCUGCUGACUCUCCAUUCGGUGGAACUAUUGCACAUGGAUUCUUAACAUUAUCGUUGGCACCAAUGUUUGCAGAGGAAGUCAUGCCCAAUAUCGAAGGAAUUCAAUAUUUCAUCAAUUGUGGAUUCAAUAAAGUUCGUUUCCUCUCACCAGUGCCAGUGGAUUGCAAUCUCAGAUGCAGAUUCACCUUGCAAGAGUUGGUAGAGAAUGCCAGUGGUGCCAACGCUGUCAUCAAGUUAACUUUUGAAAUCGAAGACAAUCCAAAGCCUGCUGCUAUCUGUGAAUGGAUCGUUCGUUUCUACAAGAAUCAAGAAUAG